AAUUGUGGGCCACUCGGCUAAUGGCGUCUGCGAGUCUUGGGGGCCCUGGGAGCAGGCACUGAAGCUUCCUGCCAGGUUGGCUGGUGACGCCCGGUGUGACCGGGCCCCGCGGUAGCGGGAGGACUUGCCCGUCUUGUGGGCUCCUCAGCCAGAGCCGGCGGAGCGUAGCGGGGCUUCGGGGGGCGCCUCGGAGAGGAACCCGAGGAGUUGAGAAGAGGCUGCGGGGGGCGCUCGGGCGCACUUCGGGCUCGCAACCCAGGCCCGGAGGAGCCCAAGAGGCUAGCCGGGGAAGGACCGAAGGCGCCUGGAGGGAGCUGCUUGUCGCCCCAAGAGCUGACAGUGUCGGAGUUCGUUUGCCCGCUCAGACAUUGGCUCGGAUCAUGUCGGGCACCAACAGCCCCGAGGCGGUGAAGAAGCUGCUGGAGAAUAUGCAGAGCGAUUUGCGGGCCUUGUCACUGGAGUGCAAGAAGAAAUUCCCACCUGUCAAGGAGGCUGCUGAAUCAGGAAUAAUAAAAGUUAAAACAAUAGCUGCACGAAACACCGAAAUUUUGGCAGCAUUGAAAGAGAACAGCUCAGAAGUUGUUCAGCCUUUUUUAAUGGGAUGUGGAACUAAGGAACCGAAGAUCACUCAGCUAUGUUUGGCAGCUAUUCAGAGACUAAUGUCACAUGAAGUUGUGUCUGAGACUGCAGCUGGCAAUAUAAUUAACAUGCUUUGGCAGCUAAUGGAAAAUAGUCUUGAAGAACUUAAGCUACUUCAAACAGUUCUUGUUCUUUUGACAACCAAUACAGUAGUUCAUGACGAGGCACUCUCUAAGGCAAUUGUUCUUUGUUUUCGGCUACACUUCACAAAAGAUAAUAUUACAAAUAAUACAGCUGCUGCUACAGUGCGACAAGUUGUUACUGUCGUUUUUGAGAGGAUGGUUGCUGAAGAUGAAAGACACAAAGUUAUUACAGAACAACCAGUACUGGUACAAGGAAACAGUAACAGAAGAUCUGUCAGCACCCUCAAACCUUGUGCUAAAGAUGCAUAUAUGCUUUUUCAGGACCUUUGUCAGUUGGUUAAUGCUGACGCCCCUUACUGGCUAGUAGGCAUGACAGAAAUGACUCGGACAUUUGGCCUCGAAUUACUUGAGUCAGUCCUGAAUGAUUUUCCACAAGUCUUUUUACAGCACCAAGAAUUUAGUUUCCUCCUCAAAGAAAGGGUAUGUCCUCUUGUGAUAAAGCUGUUUUCUCCAAAUAUAAAAUUCAGACAAGGUUCCAGCACUUCAUCUUCCCCAGCACCAGUUGAAAAACCGUAUUUUCCCAUCUGCAUGCGUUUGCUGAGAGUAGUGUCUGUUCUAAUUAAGCAGUUUUACAGCCUUUUGGUAACUGAAUGUGAGAUAUUUCUGUCACUUCUGGUGAAGUUUCUGGAUGCAGAUAAACCACAGUGGUUACGAGCAGUUGCAGUGGAAUCAAUACACAGACUGUGUGUGCAGCCUCGGCUAUUAAGGUCAUUUUGUCAAUCCUAUGAUAUGAAGCAACAUUCUACCAAGGUUUUUCGUGAUAUUGUGAAUGCACUGGGAUCAUUUAUCCAGUCGUUGUUUCUUGUGCCUCCUACUGGAAAUCCAUCUGCUACAACAAACCAAGCUGGAAAUAAUAACACAGGUGGCCCAGUCUCAGCACCAGCAAACUCAGGAAUGUUGGGAAUUGGUGGAGGUAUUACUUUGCUGCCAGCGUUUGAAUAUAGAGGAACUUGGAUACCUAUUCUGACUAUAACUGUUCAAGGCAGUGCUAAAGCCACCUACCUAGAGAUGUUGGACAAAGUUGAGCCCCCAACUAUACCGGAAGGUUAUGCCAUGUCUGUGGCAUUCCAUUGUUUGCUAGACCUCGUACGUGGAAUAACUAGUAUGAUUGAAGGAGAGUUAGGGGAGGCUGAAACAGAAUGUCAGACUACCACUGAAGCAGCUUCUUCACCAACACAGUCGUCAGAACAGCAAGAUUUACAGUCAGCAUCAGACCAAAUGGAUAAAGAAAUAGUUAGCAGAGCUGUUUGGGAAGAAAUGGUGAAUGCCUGCUGGUGUGGACUUCUUGCUGCACUCUCACUCCUUCUUGAUGCCAGCACAGAUGAAGCUGCCACUGAGAAUAUUUUAAAAGCUGAACUGACUAUGGCUGCUCUUUGUGGAAGGCUGGGCCUUGUAACUUCAAGAGAUGCCUUUAUAACUGCAAUAUGCAAGGGUUCCCUGCCUCCUCAUUAUGCUCUUACUGUAUUGAAUACUACCACCGCAGCUACACUUUCCAAUAAAUCAUAUUCCAUUCAGGGCCAGAGUGUUAUGAUGAUAAGUCCAUCAAGCGAAUCUCACCAGCAGGUUGUGGCAGUGGGUCAACCUCUAGCAGUCCAGCCUCAAGGGACAGUAAUGCUAACUUCCAAAAAUAUCCAGUGUAUGAGGACUUUACUUAACUUGGCACACUGCCAUGGGGCUGUUCUUGGAACAUCGUGGCAACUUGUCUUGGCAACUCUGCAGCAUCUUGUAUGGAUUUUAGGAUUAAAGCCUAGUAGUGGUGGUGCCUUGAAACCUGGGAGAGCUGUAGAAGGACCCAGUACAGUUCUAACAACAGCUGUGAUGACAGAUUUACCUGUAAUUUCCAAUAUACUUUCAAGAUUGUUUGAAAGCUCACAGUAUCUUGAUGAUGUUUCAUUGCAUCAUUUAAUAAAUGCACUUUGCUCCUUAUCCCUAGAAGCAAUGGAUAUGGCCUAUGGAAAUAAUAAGGAACCAUCUCUUUUCGCCGUUGCCAAAUUGUUAGAAACUGGUCUUGUUAACAUGCACCGAAUAGAAAUUUUGUGGAGACCUCUAACAGGCCACCUACUUGAGGUCUGCCAGCAUACAAACUCUCGAAUGAGAGAAUGGGGAGCAGAAGCUUUAACUUCACUUAUUAAAGCAGGGCUAACGUUUAAUCAUGAUCCUCCACUUUCACAAAACCAGAGGCUCCAGUUGCUUUUACUGAAUCCAUUGAAGGAGAUGUCCAAUAUUAACCAUCCUGAUAUCCGACUCAAGCAAUUAGAAUGUGUGUUGCAGAUUCUGCAGAGUCAAGGAGACAGUCUUGGGCCUGGAUGGCCGUUAGUGCUUGGAGUCAUGGGAGCGAUCAGAAAUGAUCAAGGAGAAUCCUUGAUACGAACUGCAUUCCAGUGUCUUCAGUUAGUUGUGACAGACUUUCUACCAACUAUGCCUUGCACUUGUCUGCAGAUAGUUGUAGAUGUUGCAGGUAGCUUUGGGCUUCAUAACCAAGAACUUAAUAUUAGUUUAACUUCAAUAGGUUUAUUGUGGAAUAUUUCAGAUUAUUUUUUUCAAAGAGGAGAAACUAUUGAAAAAGAAUUAAACAAGGAAGAGGCAGUACAGCAAAAGCAGGCAGAAGAGAAAGGAGUAGCUUUAAAUCGGCCGUUCCACCCUGCACCACCAUUUGAUUGCUUGUGGUUAUGUCUGUAUGCAAAAUUGGGUGAACUGUGUGUGGACCCCCGUCCUGCUGUUAGGAAGAGUGCCGGGCAAACUCUGUUUUCUACGAUUGGUGCACAUGGAACUUUAUUACAACAUUCAACAUGGCACACUGUUAUUUGGAAGGUUCUCUUUCAUCUGUUGGACCGAGUUCGAGAGUCUUCUACCACAGCAGACAAAGAAAAGAUUGAGUCAGGAGGUGGCAAUAUUCUCAUUCAUCAUUCAAGGGAUACAGCAGAGAAGCAAUGGGCUGAGACAUGGGUGUUAACAUUGGCUGGAGUAGCAAGAAUCUUCAACACUAGAAGAUAUUUACUACAACCUUUAGGAGAUUUUUCCAGAGCAUGGGAUGUUCUUCUUGACCACAUACAGUCAGCAGCACUCAGCAAAAACAAUGAAGUAUCUCUGGCUGCUCUGAAAAGCUUCCAGGAGAUUUUACAGAUUGUAUCCCCUGUCAGAGACUCAGAGAAGCCUGAGACACCACCUGCAGUUAAUAUACCUGUACCUGUCCUUAUAGGACCCAUAUCAGGCCCUGGCCUAAGCAGACCUUUUGUAAGAACAGAUUCCAUUGGAGAAAGACUUGGAAGAUACAGUAGCUCAGAGCCACCCAUAGUUAAUACUGAGCUUGAAGAUUUGAAUCUCUGGUGGGCCGCAUGGAAUACCUGGUAUAAAAUUGGAUCUGAAAGCACUAAGCCUCCUAUUACUUUUGAUAAAUUAACUUUCAUUCCCAGCCAGCCUUUUCUUACAGCUUUAAUUCAGAUAUUUCCAGCUCUCUACCAACACAUAAAAACUGGUUUCAACAUGGAUGACUUGCAAAAGUUGGGAGUCAUAUUGCACAGUGCCGUUUCAGUCCCAAUAAGCUCAGAUGCAUCCCCUUUUAUUCUUCCAUCUUACACCGAAGCAGUUUUGACAAGCUUACAGGAAGCUGUACUUACAGCUUUAGAUGUUCUCCAAAAGGCCAUCUGUGUAGGACCAGAAAAUAUGCAGAUAAUGUAUCCAGCUAUAUUUGAUCAGUUACUAGCAUUUGUAGAAUUCUCCUGUAAGCCUCCACAGUAUGGACAACUGGAAACAAAGCACAUUGCAAAUGCAAAAUAUAAUCAGAUCCAACUAUUUGCACCGGCGGAGUGGGUAGCCUUGAAUUAUGUACCAUUUGCUGAAAGAUCUUUAGAAGUAGUUGUGGAUUUAUACCAAAAAACAGCAUGUCACAAAGCAGUGGUGAAUGAAAAAGUACUCCAGAAUAUUAUUAAGACUCUUAGAGUUCCUCUCAGUUUGAAGUAUUCUUGUCCUUCUGAAAGCACAUGGAAACUAGCAGUAUCUUCUCUCCUCAAAGUUCUUUCUAUUGGGCUUCCUGUUGCCCGGCAGCAUGCUUCUUCUGGAAAAUUUGACAGUAUGUGGCCAGAACUAGCCAGUACUUUUGAAGACUUUCUCUUUACUAAAAGCAUACCUCCAGAUAAUCUGUCUAUUCAAGAGUUCCAAAGAAAUGAAAGUAUUGACGUUGAGGUAGUUCAGCUUAUCAGCACUGAGAUACUACCUUAUGCCAAUUUUAUUCCCAAAGAAUUCGUUGGCCAGAUAAUGACCAUGCUUAAUAAGGGCUCAAUACAUUCUCAGUCAUCUUCAUUUACAGAAGCAGAGAUUGAUAUUCGUUUGAGGGAGGAAUUUUCUAAAAUGUGUUUUGAAACAUUGCUCCAGUUUUCAUUCAGUAAUAAAGUCACAACACCUCAAGAAGGCUAUAUCUCACGAAUGGCACUCUCAGUGCUUUUAAAGAGGUCCCAAGAUGUACUACAUCGCUAUAUAGAGGAUGAAAGAUUAAGUGGCAAAUGUCCUCUUCCAAGGCAGCAAGUAACAGAAAUCAUAUUUGUCUUAAAAGCAGUCAGUACUCUCAUUGAUUCACUUAAGAAAACUCAGCCUGAGAAUGUUGAUGGAAAUACCUGGGCACAGGUAAUUGCCUUAUACCCAACAUUAGUAGAAUGCGUCACCUGCUCAUCUUCAGAAGUCUGCUCUGCACUUAAAGAGGCGCUGGUUCCCUUUAAGGAUUUCAUGCAACCACCAGCAUCCAAAGUUCAAAAUGGAGAAUCUUGACUGGCUUCAAUAUAUUUGAAGGAAGAAAGAUAACCUAAAAGAACAUUUGCUCCUAAGUGAGUCUUCUAUGAGAAAAACAUUUCUUACUACAAAUAAAUCUUGGCAGCUGUUGUUGGCCUCCUUUAAAUUGUACUUACCUGGGUUCAGUAAUUCAUAUUACAAGCUUACACAUCAACAAAGGUUCCUGAAUGAGUGGCAGUGCAGGCCUUUAAUAAGUUACACUGGUGGAAGGGAUAGUUAAUACUGCAACAUACCUGCUACCACGUCUUCAGUUGGUGAUUUAAAAGUGAACUUAUGUACAGUUUGUGGUGUAUGUGUUAAUGAUGUCCUUUUUAAAAAGGAAGAUAUUUCAAUUCAGUCAGAUUUAUUAGGCUGGUGUUUUUGCACAGUUUUUCAAGUACAAAGUUGUACUAAAAUUUUAUGCAAGAUGGUACUGUGACAUUCCAUAUUAUCUGUAACCAGCCUUUGUAAACAAAGGGAACUGAUAUACUUGCGUGUAUAAUAAAUGGUACAGUUCUGUAUAAAAUAGUUGCAUUUAUUAUUUAAACUUUUAAAAUGUUGCUAAUAUUAAAUGCUUGGAGCUGUAUUUAUUAUUAAUACAAAAUUGUUUGCUUAUAUUUUUACUUAUAAUUUGCCUUCUUAAGUGGCAGAUAUGCUCAUCAUAUGAUCAUGCAUUUAGCUUCAUGCUUAUGUUGAAUGUAUUUAUCAGUGACCAUUAAACAUCUGACCAGAAAGGUCAUAUAAUCACAGCAGCAAAUAGCUCAUGAUUUGCCGAUUUUGUAACUUUGAAGUAUAGGUUAUUAAUGUAAUACACUGAGAUAUAUUGUAGCAGUAUGACUCCAUCAUACCUCAUUUCUUUAAAUAUUUCUUCCAGCUUUCACUAAGUCUGUCCGUUUUUAUAUUUGCUGUCUGGAUUUUAAAGACUUUUCAUAUUUUGUAUUUCUACUGAUUUUUUUUUCCCCUAACAACACUUGUCACCGUCUUUGAAUUAUGACCUGGGCAAGGUGAUUUCAAAUUCCCUAAAAUUUUGCCUGUGAGGUUCUGUUUAUUUCAGUUAUCGUCAAUGUUUCAUUUUGUAAUGUCUUUUCAAAAAGAAAAAUAACUAUGCUAAUCCACAAGUAUAAAAUACAUGUGUAUUAUAAUAAGAAGUGUAUUUUUGGAGAUAGUCAACAUUUAGAAGUGCAGUAAACUUUUUGUCAUGGAGUAAAAAGCCAAUUUUGUUUCACUUUCCCCUCCUAGUGAAGAAGAAAAAGUGCACUUUAAGUACAUUAACUGAUUUGUUUCUUUUAAAACUGACUUUGACCUAGCUUACUGUAUUUUUUAUUUAAUGGAUUAUGGUAUUAUAAUAUUUUCCUUCCGAUUUAAAUUUUCAUAAUGAUUUGUGUGAAGACAUGAAGAUGUUUAAAACAAUGAUUAUUCAUAAAAAAAAUCUUAAUGGUCUCAGUAUUAUUUUAGUGUGCUGGAAGGCCUUAAUUUUGAUAAAAUUUGCAAGUUUCAGUUUCUCCAGAAUAAUCAUGAAACUACAAGAAGGUAAUAGAAUUGAGUAAUGAAUGAGAUAAAAUUUUGAAGCUGUUGUAAUUGUGUAACUAAUUUGCACUGUUGCGGUAAACGUGUGGCAAGAUCUUUUUUUUUUUUUUUUUAAUUUUUAUUGGGUUUAAGUGAAAGUUUACAAAUCGUCAGCCUCUCAUAAAAAAAUUUAUAUAUACCUUGCUAUAUACUCCUGAUUGCUCUCCCCUCAAUGAGACAGUCUGCUUCUUCCCUCCACACUCUUUUCAUGUCCAUUCCACCAGCUUCUAACCCCCUCUGCCUUCUCAUCUCCCCUCCAGAUAGGAGAUGCCAACAUAGUCUCAAGUGUCUACUUGAUCCAAGAAGCUCAUUCUUCACCAGCAGCGAGAUCUUUUAUUUACAUGAAAUAAUGAAUUUCUAUUUUAUAAUUUCACUUAAAAUUAAGGUAAAAUAUGGCAUUCCAUAGAUUCUGCCUUCAACAUUUUCCUUAUGGAAAGUUGUUUUAAAAAAAAAAAAAACAUUUAAAGCUGUGUGUUUAUUCUCUGUAUUGGAUGUGUUAAAUUGGGGGUUAGAAAACUUACAUAUCAGUGAUAAAUAUUGAAGUAGAAUAACCAAAGUAGUGUACCUUUUCAGUAAAAUGUUAAAAAUACUGCGAUGAAUUUACAAGAAGUAAAAAUAUGUCUAUUCUUGAGAAACAAGAUGAAUCUGUUGCAAUCCAAAUAAUAAUUCUUUGGUGAAACUGAAAUGUGAGUCAGGGGUAUACCACAUGCAUCUAUACAAACUGAGUACUUUGAGCUAACAUUGCAUUAGCUUUCGACACCAAGGUUAUGCUUUACAGUUGUGCUGAAGAUACAUAGAUGUGGUGAAUGUUCCAAUACAAUAUAAUAUGGUGAUCAGUCCGAGUCUUACAAGUGGGCUAGCCCCUUGGUCGUAUAAUUUGACAGGCUGUUCCUUCCAGAAUACCCCCAUCCUGCAGGAGCCACUAUUAGCAAUUCAUUCCCUUAAGUCAAGCAUUCCUCUAGGCUGCAUUUUCUAAAAUAUCCUGAUCCCUGGGGAGGUUAAGACAUUGUUGGUAUGAAUUGGGUUCUUCGUUAACUGGAAGGGCUGGGCUCUGUUAGAUUACUAGCUGCUAGGAAAUUCAAAAAGGAAAAGUCCCAAAGCUAAGAUCACUUUCUAGCACAAUUGAGUCUGUGACUAGUCCUUGAAACAGUAAUAAUGUCCUUUGGGAUACAUAUUAGAAAUACAGUGGAUUUUAAGCCUCAGAUAAUCACUUUUUGUCACUGACAGUGCCUGCCUUAAAUAGAUUAUUGGGCAUCAGGCAUAUGCCAACAGUUGGAUGAUUAAUAAAGUCCUUUUCUGACUUUUUUUUUUUCCCCUGUUGUAAUGGAAACAAACUAAUUUUCUACUUGCCUGGUUUACUUCUUUAUUUUCCUAUAAUGCUAUCACUGCCAAGAAGGAAAAGAACAGAUCAUUUUGUCGUGUCUUAUUUUGUGUUUCUAACAGUUGCCCUCAAAUAGGUCCAAAUCAUGGUGACUGCAUGUGCAACAGAAUGAAGCAUGCUGAGUCCUGUACCGUCUUUACAGUCGUUGGCAUGCUCGAGUUUAUUGUUAAGGCCAUUGUGUAUUUUGAGUGCCUUCCAACCUAGGGAGGGGGCUCGUCUUCCAGCACUGUAUCAGCAAUAUUCUGUUGUGAUCCAUAAGGUUUUCAAUGGCUAAUUUUCAGAAGUAGGUUGCCAGGCCUUUCUUCCUAGUCUGGCUUAGUCUGGAAGCUCCAUUGAAACCUGACCACCGUGGAUAACCCUGCUGGUAUUUGAAAUACUGGUGGCAUAGCUUCCAGCAUCAUGGCAACACACAAGCCACUACAGUAUGACAAGCUGACAGAUGGGUGGUGGUAUUUAUAACUAGCAGUAAGAUUCUGUUAGUUUUACUGCAUACAUUUGUGAAUAAACUUUAUAGAUUGGGGACUUGUUAGGUGCCAAAAGAAAAAGAAAGUGCAUAGAAGUCUGGCUUAGACAAAACCGCUUUUCACUUGGUUCCACUUUUAAUUUUAUUAGAUUAAGAGCUAUGUUUCUUACCUGUUUUCCCCUUUAUGAGUAUUGAUUUGCUUUACAUUUUUUCUACUCUUUCUAAACCAAAUCUGUUGCCAUCAAAUCGAUUUCUACUCAUACUGAUGCUGUAGGACAGAGUAGAACUGCCACAUAGGGUUUCCAAGGCCGUAAUCCUUAUGGAAGCAAACUGCCACAUCUUUUUCUGUCAGAGUGGCUGGUUCGUUUGAACCACGGACCUUUCAGCUGAGCGCUUAACCACUGUACCACCAGGGCUCCUUUUUACUCUAGCUACUUAAAUUGUAUGUAGCAUCAGAAGGAAGAGACAGACAAUUUAGUGUAUGUAUUUUAUUCUGGAGAAUAGCAUUCACUUAAUUCUGUAGCAGGCCAAUAACAACUGGGUUAUUUGUCCUUUAUCAAUAUAACCUUAGAAUAUUUCGUUCAUUGUCGCAAUUCGGUACCACUAGUCCCAGGUAACUAUUGGGCCAGAGGAUCAGUUAAGAAACUGAGUAUGAAUCAACAAACGAACAGUGUUGUAAAAGCAACUCAAAAGUAUAUUCCAUAUUAAUGGAGUAGUCAUUAUUACCUUCAUGUUAAUGAAGGACUGUAUAAACCAAAAACCCAAACCCUUUGCCGUGGAGUUGAUUCUGACUCAUAGUAUAGUUACUGUAUAAUGUCUACUGUAUUCUUCCCCCCCCACCACCCAUCUGUCAGUUUGUCAUGCUAUAGCGGCCUGCUAUGUAUGUUGCUGUGAUGCUGAAAGGCAUGCCACUGAUAUUUCAAAUACCAGCAGGGUCACCCAUGGUUUGCAGACUUCAGUGGAGUUUCCAGUCUAAGAGACUAGGAAGAAGGGCCUGGUGAUCGAAUUCCCAAAAUUAACCAAUGAGAACCUUAUGGAUCACAACAGGACAUUAUGCAAGUCAUUUACUUUGGACACGUUGUCAGGAGAGAGCAGUCCCUAGAGGAAGACAUCAUGUUUGGUGAAGUAGAGAGCCAGUGCGGAUAUGGGAGACCCUCAAUGUGAUGGAUGAGCAUGAUUGCCGCCAGUGAUGGACUUGAACAUGAUGGUGAUUGUGAGGAAGAUGCAGGACUGGGCAAUUAUUUUAUUGUACAUAAGGUCAACAUGAGUUGAAGCUGAUUUGAUGGCAGCUAACAGCAACAACAUACUUUUCCCAAAUGUGGGAUAAUUCAGAUGGACAACGGAAUUCUCAGGAGACCGCUAUAGGUGAAAUCCAUCUACCCAAGGCAGAACACUUUGAGGAAACCACCUACCUGCGGUUGCUAUAGAAAUUAACAGUGGAGAUUUGGAAACCCCUGAAAUAAAUUGAUGUCCAGACAGAGAAUGUUGUGGAAUACUGUUUUGUUUUUUAAUAGAAAACUACCAUAGGUGUUGGCAAAAAUGAUUAUGGAAGCACUGCCAGCAGCCUAGUAUGUUCCUUAGAUUUCCAUUUAUUAGGUUUGGCGGUUUGGCGCAUACGCUGAUAUUUACAUAAAGCACAUUUUACUGUUCUUAGUGUUGCUGGGUAGUAUAUGGCUGGAUUAUUAGAGUUUGACUUUUUUAAUUACUAUUCAUGAGAAAACGGAUUCAUAGCACAUGGUGUGUUACCAGUUUAUGUGUGGUAGGAAAAGUUUUUAAUAGUUCAAGAUGAUUUGAAUUAAAAUUUUCAUAUCUUUGGAAAAUAGUGUUUCAAUUUGAAUGAAAAGUUUCUAUAGAUUGGAAAAGAAAGCUAUAAUGUCUUUGUAUCUUAAUUUAUAUUAAAAAACAGAAGUUAGAUAAAAAUCAGUUUCUUAUUAACCCAGUAAUUUUGAAUGCUUAGCAGUGUUGGCUCUUUAAAAGAGUGUGUGUGAAUGAAUCCUUUCGUGAAUAUGAAUAAUACUCAGUAACCUUGACUAAUGGUGAGGCAGUGAUGAGCUCAGGCUCUGCCUCUUAUUUAACUGUAGGUAUGCUAGCUUUUCAAAGCCCUCUCUAUCUCUAAAAUGAAGAUGAUAAUCAAUGAGUUACUUAUUCUUUAGAGAAAAAUGCAUAAUUAGGGUUUGGAGCUGAUUUCAUGAUGACAUUCUUAGGGUGAGUUGUUUGGUAAAUUUAUUAAUAUAUCCUGAGACCUUUGAAAAUGUAUUUUUCACUUUUUCUCCUGCAUUGCUUAUUGCUUUCUUCUCCCUCUCUGUCUCUCAUUUUUACCUUACUGUCUUACUUUCCUCUGAUUUUUCUUUUUUUCUCCCCUCAUUCCUGUCACAUUCUCUGCCUCUUCUCUUCCAGCUUUUCCUCUAAUUUUACCUGUUCUUUGUCCAUAAGAAGCAGAGCUGUUAGUGGUAACACCAUUGCCGACUGCCUGCCUAUUAAAUGAGAUUCUAGAAAUACUUCCCACUUUGACUGUUGUUGACUUUUUGCAAAGGUGAAGUCUCCCUGCCAUUUCAAAAUAGCUGAACAAGUUAAAGUAAUUUCAGACUGUAGUUCCUCCUAUCUUUCUGAAUCCACAGGAUUCAGCAGUCAGGUGUUCACAAAAUGAAAAAGGGAAGUACUUGGGAUUGCUGUAAGUAUGGUGGAUUCAGCAUCUAUUCUUGAAACAUACCAAGGCUUUUCUGUUACAUGGACAAGUAGAUUAUACCACUUCCCUCAAAGGGGAGUGUUUAAAAUAUGUUUAUGUGACUUUUUUUUUAAUUUUGCCUUUACGUAAGGGGUCUUUCUCUUUUGUUCUUUGUAGAGACAGAUGCUUCUAAUUAUUUUAUAUUUAUAUUAUUUAUAGUAUUUACACUGCCUACUUUUAAGGAUUUGAAUCAGCAUUUUUGUUAGGUGCUGUCAAGCCAGUUUUGAUGUGUUCAACAAAAUGAAACACUGGGCCAUCCUCACAAUCGUUGUGAUGUUUGAGCCCAUUGUUGCAGCCACUGUGCCAAUCCAUUUCAUUGAGGGUCUUACUCUCUUUCACUGACCCUAUACUUUUUACCAAGCACAAUGCUUUUCUCCAGGGGCUAGUCUUUCCUGAUAACAUGUCCAAAAUACUUGAGACAAAGUCUCACUGUCCUUGCUUCUAAAGAGUAUUCUGACUCUACAUCCAAAACAGAUUUGUUCGUUCUUCUGGCAGUCCAUGGUAUAUUCGAUAUUCUUCGCCAACACCAUAAUUCAAAGGGACCAAUUCUUUGGUCUUUCUUAUUCAUUGUCCAGUUUUCUCAUGCAUAUGAGCCAACAGAAAAUACCAUGGCUUCAGUCAGGUGCACCUUAGUCCUCAAAGUGACAUCUUUGCUUUUUAACACCUGUAAGAGGUCUUUUGCAGCAGAUUUGACCAAUGUAAUAUGUCCUUUGACAUCUUGACUGCUGGUUCCAUGGGCGUUGAUUAUGGAUUCAAGUAAAAUGAAAUCUUUGAUAACUUCAAUCUUUUCUCUCUUUAUCAUGAUGUUGCUUAUUGGUCCAAUUGUGAGGAUUGUUUCCUUUAUAUUAAGGUGUUAUCCAUACUGAAGGCUGUGGUCAUGGAUCUUCAUAAGUAAGUGCUUCAAGUCCUCUUCACUUUCAGCAAGCAAGGUUGUGUCGUCAGCAUAUCAAAGGUGGUUAAUGAGUCUUCCUCCAAUCCUGAUGCUGCAUUCUUCUUCAUAUAAUCCAGGUUAUUGGAUUAUCUGCUGAACAUACCGAUUGAAUAAGUACGGUGAAAGGAUACAAGCUUUUCUUAUUUCAAACCAUGCAGUAUCCCCUUGCUCUAUUCAAAUGACUGUCUCUUGAUCUAUGCACAGGUUCCGCAUGAGCACAAUUAAGUGUUCUGGAAUUCUCAUUCUUCGCAAUGUUAUCCAUAAUUUGUUAUGAUCCACACAGUUGAAUGCCUUUGCAUAGUCAGUAAAACAGAUAAACAUCUUUCUCAUAUUCUCUGCUUUCAGCCAGGAUCCAUCUGACAUCAGCAAUGAUAUCCCUCAUUCCACAUUCUCUUCUGAAUCUGGCUUGAAUUUCUGACGGUCCCCUGCUGAUGUGCUCCUGCACCAUUUUAGAAUUAUCUUCAGCAAAAUUUUACUUACAUGUGAUAUUGAUGGUAUUGUUCGAUGAUUUCUUCAUUCUGUUGGAUCACCUUUCUUUGGAAUGGGCAUGUAUAUAAAUCUUUUCCAGUCGGUUGGUAGCUGUCUUCCAAAUUUCUUAGUAUAUAGACAAGUGAGCACUUCCAUUGUUGCAUCCAUUUGUUGAAACAUCUCAGUUGGUAUCCUGUCAAUUCCUGGAGCCUUGUUUUUUGCCAAUGCCUUCAGUGCAGCUUGGCCUUCUUCCUUCAGUACCGACAGUUCUGGAUCAUAUGCUACCUCCUGAGAUGGUUGAAUGUCGACCGGUUCUUUUUGGUAUAGUGAUUCUGUGUAUUCCUUCCAUCCUCCUUUGAUGCUUCCUGCAUUGUUCAAUAUUUUGCCUUUGAAUCCUUCAGUAUUGCAGUUUCCCACCUACCGAUUCUUCUUUGCUUCCAGCCUUCGCAUUCCAAUCACCAGUAAUUAUCAAUGCAUCUUGAUUGCACGUUUGAUCAAUUUCAGACUGCAGAAGUUGGUAAAAAUCUUCCAUGUCUUCAUCUUUUGCUUAGUGGUUGGUGCAUAAAUUUGAAUAAUAGUCAUUAUAAUAUUAUAAUAGUCUUCCUUGUAGACAUAUGGUUAUCCUGUCACCAACAGUUUUGUACUUCAGAGAAGAUCUUGAAAUGUUCGUUUUGAUGAUGAAUGCAAUGCCAUUCCUCUUCAAUUUGUCAUUUCUGGCAUAAUAGAUCAUCCCAGCCCAGAACCCAGUGCCGUCGAGUCUAUUCCAACUCAUAGCGACCCUAUAGGACAGAGUAGAACUGCCCAAUAGACCAUAGAAUUGUCCAAUUCAAAAUGGCCAAUACCAGUCCAUUUCAGCUCACUAAUACCUAGGAUAUCUAUCUUUGUCCCAUUUCAUUUUUGAUGAUUUCCAAUUUUCCUAGAUUCAUACUUCGUAUAUUCCACGUUCUGAUUAUUAAUGGGUAUUUGCAGCUUUUUCUUCUCAUUUUGAGUCGUGCCACAAAAGCAAAUGAAGAUCCCGAAAGCUUGACUCCAUCCAAGUCAUUAACACAGACUCCAUUUUGAGGAGGUAGCUCUUCCCCAGUUGUAUUUCGAGUGCCUUCCAACCUGAGGGGCUCAUUUUCCAGCACUGUAUCAGACAGUGUUCACACGGUUUUCAGUGGACAAUUUUUUCAGAUGUAGAUCGCCAGGUGCCUCUUCCUAGUCUGUCUUAAUUGGGAAGCUCCACUGAAACCUGUCCACUGGGUGACCCUGAGCAUAUUUGAAAUACCAGUGGCGUAGCUUCCAGUAUCACAGCAACAUGCAAGCCACCACAGUACGACAAACUGACAGAUGAGUGGUCAUGAGGAAGCACAUUGCUUAUGUAUUUCAGCUGUUGCACAGCAAUAGUCUUUGAAGGAAGACUCAGAAUGUCACAGUUUUCGUCUCUUGAGUCUUUCUAGGGUGUAUUUGGUCUCCAUGUCCUCAGUGCUUGCAGUGAUACAGAGGUCAAUUGAAACAUUCCUAAUUACUCUGUGGCAUUGAUUCUAGCCCCUCAGGUAAGGAAAAGAAAAUUACUAUACCCUUGGAUUUUGAAACCAUUUUCAGUUGCUGCAAAUGGAGUUACAUUAAGUUUUAUUUUAAACUAGCAUCCAAUAAAUAGUGCAACCAGGGAAGAUCUGCUGAGCCGGGGCAUUAUUCGGAAAACCAUUGCAAUAUAACAACAGCUGCUUUUUUUGUAUUAAGUUUGAUGGGAGAAAAAUUGCAAAGCUAUAAUAUUGCAGUACUAUUCUUUUUAUCUAGAAAAAUAAAAUAUUAGGCUUUAGACCCAACUGUGCAGGUUGUGUUUACUUUCUAGUUUUUACUACCUCUGUGUCAUAAUUUUAACACAUAACUUAGAACUCCUGUCUCUUAAGGCAGUUACCAUAUGGUGUUUAUGUCAGACUGGAUAUAUUUAUCUAAUUUUGUGAGAUUCUUUCUAGCUCCUAACACAGUUCUUGAAAGCAAUACCACUGUUUUUGUACUUUCUACUUAAAAAAUUUUUAUGUUGUUGAGAUCUAUCAGUUAUGUAUUAUAAUCUUGAUAAUGCCUUGACCUCUGAUUUCCUUGUGGUCUAAGAUACUUUACCAAAGCUGCAUAGCUAUAGCUGUGAUUGCAUAGAUCUUUAAUUUGCUUUACAGUUACCGCUCAGUGUGACCCUAGGUUUUAAUUAUGUUCCAGCAGUACUAGUUUUCUUAUGACUUAAGAUCAUACCCACUUGGAUAAUUUACCUUCAGGUUUGAUAAACUAUUUGUUUUUCCUUAAUAUACUUUUAGUAUUUACUUUUUCAUCCCCAUUAAAUUCAAACAUUGUUGACACCCCACACCAUUGACUGACUCUGUUUAAAAACUUCAUGAGUAAUGAUUAAAAUAUGUUUACAAUGGCUUACAUGUAUGGCCAAUUUGGAAAAAAUACAUGCAAUUGAAUCAUGGGAACGUGUUUGAGAACUUUGUUGAAACUAUAAAAUUAAAAAAGUAUACAGUCAGAAGUAUAGUAUGAAAUAGCAAUUUAGAAAGAAGAUUUGAAGCUUUGAGUGAAAAUUUUAAGAGUAAAAAAUGCAGUCCUCAUGUGGGUUAGUCUUUGGCAUCAUUUGAGCAUUCUUAUUUGUUAAUUACUUGGUGAGGCUAAUUUUGAGACUGUAUCAUUGCCAAACCAACCAUCCUCUCAAAGGAAAAUUGUUUACUUUAAAAUGUCUUUUUUGAGAACCUGAGUUGUGUAGUAAAUAUAUGAUCCAGAAAAAUUCCUGCAAUACUUAGUAUAUGCUGCAGUCGGGUGUAGUUACAGUGUCUUUUCUAAUUCUUAAUUGACAUUUUGGUCCACACAUUUAGCAUGUAUCCCUGGGUGAUGCAAGUGGUUUACACUCGACUACUAAAGGUUGACGGUUUGAAACCCCCCAAGGGGUGCCACAGAAGAAUGGCCUGGUGAUCUGCUUACGUAAAGAUUCCAGCCAAGAAAACCUUACAGAGCAGUUCUACUCUGUAACGUGGGGUUGCCAUGUGUCAGAAUCAACUUGACAGCACUGCUUUUGGUUUUUGUUUUUUAGUAGUAUGUGUCAGCCAGGACUUUACCUAUAUUAUUACUUUUAAUCCUCACAGCAGACCUACAGGGAAGGUAUGUUUUACUUAUUUUACAGAUGAGGAAAUCAGAGUUCAGAGGUUAAGUGUCUUGCCUAGAGUCACACAGCUAAAGUCUAUGCGAAUCGGCAUGUCUUGCUCCAACAGCAGUUCUUUCCACUACAACAUGUUAAUUUCAUGCUUUACCAAAAAAGAUUAUCAUUCUGUUAAAAUCCAAGCCUUAUUGAAAACAAUUAAAAAUGCUUUUUAGACAAUUACUGUUUCUGUGAAUAAACAUUGUGAUGAAUAUACUUGAACAAAAAAAAAACUUCUAAUAAUGUAUAAAAAUUAUUUUUCUAAUAAUUAUGCUCUCCAGAGCUGCAUUGAGUUUUUCUUAUUGGUCCAGGGCAGUUUAAAAUACCUGAUUUGUUGUUCGUUAUAAGAGGUGCUGUUAUAAGCAAUAUUCUAGUGGUUAAGAGCCCAGAGUCUGGAGCCAGGCUUCCUAAAUUCAAAUCCCAGCUCUGUUAUUUAGUGGGUGUGUGACCUUGGACAAGUUAAUUAACCUGUUUUGGUUUCCUCAUCUGUAAAAUGGAGUUAAUAAUGUUUAACUCAUAGACUUAUUAGUGUCAAGCCAAGGUCCGGGGUCACCAAGAAAGAGACAGGCAUUGGAUAGAAUACCACUUUAGUAACAGAAGAGACAGAGCAAGGUAAGCUUCAAUAGUGGGUGUUGGUCUCCCAUGGCAAGCAAGUCACUCCCCAAAGCAGCAGACACAGGAAUAAUGGUCUGCACACACACUCUUCUGCUGCAGAAGAGGACCUCGUUCUCUCCCCACUGGCAACAGAGAGCAGUGGGGUUAGGCAAGUGCCACGUGAGGCUCACAGUGAAGCAGACUGUGUACCCAGAACAGGGAAUGAGUUUCUUUCAUAAGGAAGAAGAAAUUGGGUCAGAGGCAGUAGCUCGGUUCUCAGCCUCUAUUUUCAGGGAAUGUGCCUGGUCCAAGGCUCUGGUUAUGCAUUCCAGGUGAGAGUUGAAAGGCAGUGUGCAACAGACCAUUUUCCCAACAAAACAAUUAGGAUUAAAAAAAGGAACCUUGUAAAUCAUUACGCCUGGCACGUAGUAUGUGCUAAGUAGAUGUUACAUAAAUAAAAUACCCUUGGCACGCAUCAUUCAAGGAGGAAUGCCAUACCUUACCACACUAAAAAACCCGAUGCCAUUGAGCCGAUUCAGACUCAUAGCGACCCUAUAGAACAGAGUAGAACUGCCCCAGAGGGUUUCCAAUGGCUGGUGGAUUCAAACUGCUCACCUUUUGGUUAGCAGCCAAACAUUUAACCACUGCAACACCAGAGCCCCCUUACCACACUAGGGACCAGUUUUUUUGCCUUUUACCGGACAACCACUCUGUUAAUUUAGAGUCAGCUGUGAGCACAUAACUAUGUCCUUGCUAGUGUGAGAAAUUUUUAGGGGUUCUGAAAGUACUUACAGCUAGUUCAGAGACCCACACACAUAAAAUAAUACAGAAUACAAGACUAUAUAAUUAGUGCUGAUGUGUUAUUAACAUUUUAGGUCCUGUUAUGUGUUAAACGUAGGGUGGAAGUCUUGGCCCUCAUGGAGCUUACAGUUCUUCAGGGAAUACAGACUUUUAACAAGUGUGCAAAGUAUGUGAAGGAUAAGUACAAAUGAAUAUGGGAUCAUAAAGCAGGGAACCUUAGCCUAGUCUUCUGUGGUACAGGCUAUUAUUGCUGUUAGUGUACAGAAGGGAGACCAUUAAAGAAAUGAAAAGGCUCAGUGGUAGAAAUAGAACUUAAAAUGGAUCUUAAUGGUUAGGUAGAUAUUGGAUGGGCACAAAAGAUAUUGAAGGGUAUUUCAGGCAAAGUUAAAUAAUGUGAACAAAGAACAUCUGUGAAAUAUGAGCGAAGUGGUGUAGAGUACAUUUUGGUAUGUUGUGUGAAACAAGGUUAACGAGGGACUGAGGCCCAUUCAUGAAACUUCUUGAAAUCCAGGCAGAGUAGUUUAGAUUUGAGAUGGCAAGAGUUUGAAGUGAUUACUUUUAAGAAUACAUUAUGAAACUAAGGAAGAUAAACUUGAAGUCAUAAGCAAGAUAGAGGGAAUAUAGAACAGGGGGAGAGAGGGGAAGAAGGUAUUGCAUUUUUCCUGCUGUGAUGUGUGUGAGGCGAGGAUAAAAAGGAUUAGCCAAAUGUUGGUCACAUUGGGAAAGGAUGGUUAGGUCUCCGAUAUUGCGGGUUUAGGAUAAAGAGUUCAUAAUAACAGCACCUUGUGUUUGGAUUGGUGUUAGCACUAUCAAAAACAGGUUAUUUAUGGAAAGGAACCUAAGUAAUACAAUUAGUUUGAUGAUUAAAUUUAGUUGGAAACUUUGUUGCUCUAACAGAUUUGUAUGCUGGAGACCAAGGGACUGCUUAAUGAUAAUUUUAAAAUCUAUGCCACUGUGCUAAUUCAGUGGCGUUUGGUAUGGUGUGGGAUGACGUGGAUAUGAAUAAGCUGUGGAUGGGCAGCAGAGGGGAAUGCGAUGGCAGCUCAAUCAUUGCUUAUCAGGAAAGGUGUGAGUCAUAAUGAAGCUAUUGGUGAAGCUUCCACAGAUCUUCAGGUCUUUGUGAUGGAUGGUCGAGUGUAUGCUUUGUCAAAUAAGCAUUUAAUUGCAAAUGUGAUAUAUAUACACACGCAUACACGUUCUUGUUGUUAGGUGCCAUCGAGUCGGUUCCGACUCAUAACGACCUUGUGCACAACAGAACGAAACACUGCCAUGUCCUGCGCCAUCCUUACAAUCAUUGUUAUGCCUGAGCUCGUUGUUGUAGCCGCUGUGUCAAUCCACCUCGUUGAGGGUCUUUCUCUUUUCCGCUGAUCCUGUACUCUGUCAAGCAUGAUGUCCUUCUCCAGGGACUGAUCCCUCCUGACAACAUGUCCAAAGUAUGUAAGACGCAGUCUCACCAUCCUUGCUUCCAAGGAGCAUGUUUCCAAGGUUGUGCUUCUUCCAAGAUUUGUUCUUUUAGCAGUCCAUGGUAUAUUCAAUAUUCUUCACCAACACCACAAAGCAAAGGCAUCAAUUCUUCUUCCAUCUUCCUUAUUCAUUGUCCAGCUUUCACAUGCAUAUGAUGUGAUUGAAAAUACCAUGGCUCAAAAUGAGAAGAAACAGCUGCAAUCAUCCAUUAUGUACAAAGUAUGAAUCUAGGAAAAUGGAAAAUCACCAAAAAUGAAAUGGAAUGCAUAAACAUUGGUAUCCUAGGCAUUAGUGAGCUGAAAUGGACUGGUAUUGGCUAUUUUGAAUCGGACAAUCAUAUAGGCUACUAUGCUGGGAAUGACAACUUGAAGAGGAAUGUUGUUGCAUUCAUCGUCAAAAAGAACAUUUCAAGAUCUAUCCUGAAGUACAACGCUGUCAGUGAUAGGGUAAUAUCCAUAUGCCUACAAGGAAGACCAGUUAAUACAACUAUUAUUCAAAUUUAUGCACCAACCACUAAGGCCAAAGAUGAAGAAACAGAAGAUUUUUAUCAGCUGCUGCAGUCUGAAAUUGAUCGAACAUACAAUCUGGAUGCAUUCAUAAUUACUGGUGACUGGAACGCGAAAGUUAGAAAUAAAGGAUUGGUAGUUGGAAAAUAUGGCCUUGGUGAUAGAAACAAUGCCAGAGAUCGAACAAUAGAACUUUGCAAGACCAACGACUUCUUCAUUGCAGAUACAUUCUUUCACCAACAUAAAAGGCGACUAUACACAUGGACCUCACCAGAUGGAACACACGGAAAUCAAAUUGACUGUAUCUGUGGAAAGAGACAAUGGAAAAGCUCAAUAUCAUCAGUCAGAACAAGGCCAGGGGCCGACUGUGGAACAGACCAUCUAUUGUUCAUAUGCAAGUUCAAGCUGAAACUGAAGAAAAUCAGAGCAAGUCCACGAGAGUCAAAAUAUGACCUUGAAUAUAUCCCACCUGAAUUUAGAGACCAUCUGAAGAACAGAUUUGACACAUUGAACACUAGUGACCAAAGACGAGUUGUGGAAUGACAUCAAGGACAUCAUCCAUGAAGAAAGCAAGAGGCCACUAAAAAGACAGGAAAGAAAGAAAAGACCAAGAUGGAUGUCAGAGGUGACUCUGAAAAUUGCUCACGAAUGCCAAGCAGCUAAAGCAAAAGGAAGAAAUGAUGAAGUAAAAACUGAACAGAAGAUUUCAAAGGGUGGCUCAAGAAGACAAAAUAUUUUAACAACAUGGGCAAAGAGCUGGAGCUAGAAAACCAAAACACAACACGCUUGGUGUUUCUCAAGCUGAAAGAACUGAAGAAAAAAUUCAAACCUUGAGUUGCAGUAGUGAAGGAUUCUAUGGAAGGAAUACACACACAUACAUAGUUAGUUGUAAAUAAUUCAUAUUGGACAGUCCAAGCAAAUUACCUUCAACCAUUGCUUUAAAAUGUUUUUAUUAGCAUAACAUUGGAAUGUCAUUUGGUGAGCAUAUCCAAGUGUAUUUCAUUUUCUGAAUUUGCACACUAUGUACAAACAUCAUUUAUUUUGAAAAGUGAGGCAGGUUGCUUUUUAAUUUGAAAACGUGCUUUAAGAAAUCCAGUCCCAUCAUCAAUACCACAUACAAUACAGUAAGACAGUGUUAAUUUUUAAUUUGCAAUGGGACUCUUGGCCAGGAGGCUCUUGCUCAAAAUUACGUUGCUUUAAAGAAAAAUCUUAUUUUUUCCAAAAAAGGAGUCAUACAUGGGUACCUAUUAUGCCUUUGUUACCUAUUUUUGGAGUCUGGACCUUAGCCCUCUGGCUAGGAUCAGUCUUUGCCCCCCCAGUCAGUCCCAAAAUGUAGCUGAACAAGCUUCUCAUUUCACUUUUGUUAUUUGCAGUCAGAAUUUUUGUGACUGUAAUGACUAAAAGGACUGCCAGAGUUAGCAAAUAAAAAUACAGGGCACCCAGUUCAAUUUGAAUUUCAGAAAAACAACGGAAUUUUUUUUUAAGUACAUGGGAAUACAUAUACUUCUAAAAAUUAUCCGUUCAACUGAAAUUCAAAUAACUGGGCAUUCUGUACGUUAAAUCUGGCAACCCUUAUUAACGGUUAACUUUUUGUGUAAAAUAAUUUACCUCCUAAGAAAAUCUCCAAAUGGGAGACAAAAAGGAGUCUAGGCCAAGAGCGUAAAAACCUCCACAGAGUCGGCCUUCUCCCAAACUUGGCCUAAAAAACCCCCAAAAAGCCCGAGUCCCAGGAGCCGGAGUAGCGGAGCGAGCUGUGCCGUAGCUUUCCCGCCCGUUUUCUGCGCAACGUAGGAGAGUGGCUACGCCGCGGGGUGGAGCGCUUAUGGCUCUAUCCUCCUUGCAGGGGGAAAGGAGGUGCCGGAAACUUUAAACCCCGGCCAGUGUACAACGUGUCCACUUCGGCGGCGGCAGGCGCCGCCAUCUUCUUUGCCGGCAAAGACGGAGAAGUUAGGGGCUCCACUUUGCCCAUAAAGCGGAUUAGGGGCGACAGCCCGCGCCCUCAGCACUUGAUGACGUGUGAGCCGGGGGUCCCCCGUUUGGGACUGAUUUCCAGUGACACGUCGAAGCUUGCCAAGGCGGGGAAAAGGGACGCUGCCUGUCCCGGAUGUAAAAUGGCGGCGCAGGGGGCCGGCCUGCCGGGGCGGUCACGUGGUGGGGAGUAGCGCGCGAGCCUCCUUAAGUGAUCUCUAUGGCUCGUCUGGACGCACAGGAGCAGCGGAGCGCGAGACGGGUUGUGUGUCUGCGCGCGCCUAACACGAGGAAACACCACCGCCCAGCCGGGUUUCAGUUUUAAGGGGUUUUGUUUUUUUCUUUGCUCCUGCAGAGCUGAUCCGGAUUUCCCCAAAGGGUGCCGGGGAAAGGGUGGCACGGGGACUUCCGGGCUAUGCCUGGGUCCUUUAUCGCGGCGCUGGAGCCAGCGGCGACCCUUGCGGGAUGCGUCCUGAGCAUUCGCCCGCGCGGAGAGCCGGGCCCCGGACGGGUGCGGGAACCGUAGCGCCAGUGGGGGCCGGGGCUCUUAGUCCCGCCGCCGCCCAGCCCCCACCGCGGGCUUGGGGCGGGGAGAGGCUCGGGAGGCGCAGCCCCGAGACGUGGCGGGAGCGCGGCGGGGCCGGCCGGGAGCUGCUGGCGGGAGGCGGGAGAAGCGCGGGAGCGCCUGCCUCCCGGGGGCCGUCCGGAUCCAGUUGGCGUCUGGCUUCGCUUUUGCCGCCCAUUUCCUGCUUUCGAGUGGCCCAUGGAUGAGCUUCCCUCCGAGCACUGGAGGGAGCGACUUCCUCCGGCAGGACCCUCCGCACCGUUUCUCUUUCCAGAGCUGUUGGCUCUGGACGGAACGCCCAGCUCAGCCUCCUCGAGCGCCGCCUGCGAUUCCCGGAGUUCUCCGCUGGCUUCGGGAACGGCCAAGCGGCGCGGCGCUGGGCGGGGUCUCCGGGCGCGACGCGGAGGGGAAGGGGUGUCGGGCCGACGUCGGCGGCGGAAGAAGGACGGAGACCGCCGGUGCAGCUUAGCUCUCGCCGUCAACGUGGUCCGGUGCCUCCCGACACCAUGGCCCUGGCUGAGGUAGUAGUUUGUGCUGUUGGUCGGGUUGUGACAUUGCCCGCUGUGGAGAUAACUGCGCAAGCUACUGCCUUGCUAGUGCUGGUGAUGCUCAGCGCCGCGGAGGACAAUGGCUGGGAAUCCCCUUUGUUUUUCGGGACGCGGGGGCGCGGGGACAGCCCGCGGAGCCCCGGCCGCUACGGAGACCGUUAGCUGUACAUUUUCCUGGAGGGAGGGAAGGAAUUGCGGGGAGAGUGGGCGGUGUUUUUUUUUUUCUUUUUUUUUUAAAGCUCAGGAAAGAACUAAGGCAUUGAAUUUGAUUUUUACUCUCAAAGGAAAAGUGAAAUUGUGUAAGGUGUUUACGUGGAUAACUUUUCCACCUUUAAGUCGUUUUAAGGUUUCAUUCAGUAGUUAAGGUAAAAAAAAAAAUUUUUUUUUUUCCUUUGCGCCUGGUGUACGAAAGCUGAAAUGAGCUAUCCUGUUCUGCAGAAUUGGCAUGGGGGAGCAAAAUAGUAGACCCGUUAAUUGUAAAGUUUGUCUUCUUAAUAUCUUAGAGCUCGCUCUCUCUGUCUUUUUUUAAUAUAUACUCCCUCAGCAAAUUUAGGAGCCCUAGUUUUAGUGUUCAGUGGUGAAAGUUCUCUGCUGAUAGGCUGCUAAGCAAAAGGUGGGCAUUUGAACCCAUCAGCUGCUCUGCGGGAGAAAGAUGUGGCAGUCUGCUUCUGUAAAGAUUUCAGCCUUGGACGCCCUAUGGGGCAGUUCUGCUCUGUCCUGUAGGGUCGUUAUGAGUUGAAAUCAACUCCAGGGCAGUGGGUUUGGUUUUGGUUUGUUUUCAGCAAAUUUAAGAGUUUUUCACGUAAAUGUAAAGCUGUUUAAAGUUUCUUUUUACAGUCUGCAACUCCUUGAAUUUAUAAUGAAAUGCACUAUUCCUAUUUUUUAAUGUAUGAAGCAAAUAAAUUUUCUUUUUUACAGUAUGUUACUGUGUUUUGUUUUAAUAUUACUUCCGGAUUCAAAUAAACUGCUGGUGUAUAUUGUAUUGCUUUUUGGCCUUUGAUUCUCAUCUUACGUGCUACUUUUUUAUUUAUACCCUUGCGUUUAGUAUGGGGGGAAAGAACCUAGGAGUUAAACGUAUGAUUUCUGAAUAGUUUCCGUUUUAAAUGUUACCCAUUUUGAUUCGUGGGCGAUCACUACUCCCAAUAGGGAAAUACCGUUUUUAUAAAGAAAAGUAGUUUGGGUAAUUAAUGAGACUACUUGAUUUUCUGAGUACCCUAAAGUCUGGAAAAGAUAAUUGUAUUUUUAGUUUUCACUGAGAUAAAUGGAUGGUAAAUUUUAGUACCAAAAAAAAAAAAACCUGAUUUGUGCAGAAUAAAACAAAAAAAAAACAAACCCA